CAGCUGUUCGGUGACUGCAAUUUGCAAAGUUCGCUUUACAAUUUUACAAGAGCUUUAACAAAAUACUCAACUGCAUUUUAACUACAAACAAACUGUGUUUCAGCUGGCUGUGGGCUACUAGCCAUUUAUACAGGUUGAACGUGACAGGCAGGUGCAGGUUCAAAUUGCCUUUCAUAUAACAUAAACACACACAUACAAAGAAUCGCACAAAGCUGGCAGCGCAGCGAUUAGAACAUGUCGGAAAAGAACAUUAAGGUGGGCGCACGCGUCGAACUGACGGGCAAGGAGCUGUUCGGCACGAUCGCCUACGUUGGCAUGACCAGUUUUGCCGUUGGCAAGUGGGUGGGCGUGGUGCUGGAUGAGCCGAAAGGCAAGAACAAUGGCUCGAUCAAGGGACAGCAAUACUUUCAGUGUGAUGAAAACUGUGGCAUGUUUGUGCGUCCGACGCAGCUGCGCGUUGUGACGCCAGCGCCCGAAACUGGUGGCGGCUCAGGCGGUGCCACGCCCAUAACACAGCCCACAAAGGCACGGCUAAGCGGUUCACGCAACUCACUCUCAUCCAGUCGCCAAUCAUUGCUCGGCUCACGCACACAGCUCACCUCAUCGCUUAGCGAACGCGCCGGCUCCAAUACGAGCCUGGCAACGCGCAAAUCUCUUGCACCACAAAGCAGCAAGGAUAAGGAAACAGCUGCAGCCAAUGCAUCCAAGCGUGCGUCCUUUGUGGAGACAAACUUUGUGGAAAUACUGACGCCACAGUUUACGCCAUCGCAGCCAAUGCGUUCGCCCUCGUUUACUUCAUCGCCGCCAAAUACAACAGAGGACAAGGCAGCGCUGCUGGAGGCGCAGAAGACAAACGCUGAGCUGCAGACGCAGCUGGUCGAUGUAAGCGAGAAACUGGAGACGCUUAAGCAGCGCCGCAAUGAGGACAAGGAGCGUCUGCGUGAAUUCGACAAGAUGAAGAUUCAGUUUGAGCAACUGCAAGAGUUUCGCACAAAGAUUAUGGCAGCGCAGGCUUCGCUGCAAAAGGAACUGCAACGCGCCAAGCAGGAGACUAAAGAUGCUAUCGAGGCUAAGGAGCGACAUGCACAGGAAAUGGCUGAGCUCUCAGACAGCGUGGAAAUGAUUACACUGGAUAAGGAAAUGGCCGAGGAGAAGGCAGACACAUUGCAGCUGGAGCUGGAGACAAGCAAAGAGCGCAUCGAGGAGCUGCAAAUCGAUUUGGAACUGCUGCGCGCUGAGAUGCAAAACAAAACUGAAUCCACUGCUGUUGGUGGCGGCGGCGAUGGCGUUGCUAUUGUAGGCGCCACUAGCUACGAACUGAAGCAGCUGGAGCAACAAAAUGCGCGCCUGCGGGAUACACUAGUGCGUAUGCGUGAUUUGUCGGCGCAUGAGAAGCACGACAUACAAAAGCUAACCAAGGAGCUGGAAAUGAAGCGUUCCGAGGUUGCCGAACUGGAGCGCACAAAGGAGAAACUUAGCGCUAAGGUUGAUGAAAUGGAGGCCACCAUCGCCGACUUGCAGGAACAAGUGGAUGCUGCGCUGGGCGCUGAGGAAAUGGUGGAGCAGCUGGCCGAGAAGAAAAUGGAGCUGGAGGAUAAGGUGAAGCUGCUGGAGGAGGAAAUAGCGCAGCUGGAAGCGCUGGAGGAAGUGCACGAGCAGCUGGUGGAGAGCAAUCAUGAGCUGGAGCUGGAUUUGCGCGAGGAGCUGGACUUGGCGCAUGGCGCUAAGAAGGAAGUGCUGCGUGAGCGUGAUGCAGCAAUUGAAACUAUAUACGAUAGAGAUCAGACUAUAAGCAAGUUUCGGGAGCUGGUGCAGAAGCUGAACGAUCAGCUGUUGGAGCUGCGUGAGCGCAGCUCAAGCAAUGAGCAGAAAUCGCUGCAGGAUCCAAGUCUGAAGCUGGCGAGUGAAACGAUUGAUUAUAAGCAAAUGUUUGCCGAGUCCAAAGCUUAUACGCGUGCAAUUGAUGUGCAGCUGCGUCAGAUUGAGCUGAGCCAGGCCAAUGAGCAUGUGCAGCUGUUGACUGCGUUUAUGCCCGAGUCGUUUAUGAAUCGCGGUGGUGAUCAUGACUCCAUACUGGUGGUGCUGCUUAUAUCACGCAUUGUGUACAAGUGCGACAUUGUUGUGAGCCAAACACGCGAGCGUUUUCCAGCUGUGGAGCAGGUGACACGUGAAGCGGUUACCCAAGGACAUGGCGUGCAGCAAUACGCGUUCAAGUGUCGCCUUAUGCAUUAUAUACACAAUUUGCAGUGUGCGCUGCAUCAGAUACUGUAUGGACUAAACAAUUGUCAGCCGGAUACGCUGCUUAGAGCGGGCAGCUCAUUGCCUGAAAUGGUAGCGCAGGAAAAGAUUGUCGAUGGCAUUAUAGAGCUGUUGAAGUCCAAUCAGCUGGAUGAGAACAGCACUACAGAUAAUAUAGAAAAGUGUGUGGCCUUUUUCAAUGCCAUGAACUCGGUGCUGCUGGCGGGCGAGCAGCUGCUGAACGAAAUCAAAAUGAUACGCGAUUGUGUUGCAUCCCUCGGCGCCGCAUGCGAGUCCAUACUGAACGAUACAGCUAUAGCUAAGGUUAUUAUACAGGAAGCGGGCGCCACAAGCGACUCUAUGCUGCUUAUACAAUUUCUGAACGAGCAUAUGGAAAGUAUAAAGCAGCAGGUGAAGCUUAUAAAGCGUCGUUUGCCCACAGAUCAGCAUGUGUUCAAGUGUGGCCUGUCGCCGCAUAAAAUGGACGCCAUGCGCGCACUAGCGCAGAAUAUCAGUCGCAUUAUGUCCGCCAUGCAUCAAGCGACAAAGCAAGCGCUUGCGGCUAUAGUUGCUACCAUUGAAAGCGAUAAUGCUGCAGAGCAUACGCUGCCGCAGGAUAAAUACUGGUCGCUGCUUUCGUCGGCAUGUGAGCGCAUCUAUGAGCAGGACGAUCGUGGUCCUACGCAGAACUUUAAGGCGCUGCUAGCGCAAGCGAACAGCGAUUUGCAGCACAUCGCGCAGCAUUUGCUGGAUAAGGAGUAUGAAAUUAUGUCCGCAGCUGGUCAAGCGCCGCGUGCGCCGCCAGCUCAGCAUACGCCCAUACUACAGCGCGCACAGUUAAUCAAAAAGCAGCUGGAGCAAAAGAAUGUGCUGGCUGCUACGCUCGAAAAUCGCGAGGCAGACAUAAAGCAGCUGAAACUUGCAGCCAAAAUGAAGCUCAAUGAGCUAAGCGAAAUGCAAAUACGCAAAGAUUUGGCUGAAAAGAAGCUGAGCGUGCUGCAGAACGAAUAUCAACAUGCUGUGGAUAAAUGGAAGCAAAUGUAUGAUGACACCAAUCAAAAGCUGCAGCAAAAGGAAAAGGAGUUUGAGGAAACUAUGGAUCAUUUGCAAAGCGACAUUGAUGCGCUGGAAACAGAAAAGAGCGAUCUGCGCGACAAGCUUAAGCUCAACAGCAGCGUCAGCGGCAAAAGUCAGCUAAGCGAUUCGCAUUCAGUUGCUUCAGCGCAUAAUUUAUCGACGGGCACCACUGCGGGCAGCGCUAAUGUUAGCUAUGCCGCGCCAGCUGGCACUGUGCCGCUUGUCGCCGAGGAGCUGCAGCUGCUCAAGUGCGCUUUCAAUAAUGAGCGCAAUGAGCGUUUACGCUUGCAAGCUCAGGAUAUGCGCGCCAAGCUGCAACAAUUCGAGCCCAUACACGUGCCGCAGCCGCAGGAUCAGCGCAUCAACGCGCUGGAGUCACAACUCACCAAGAUGAAGCACGCCUGGGUGCUCUCCUUGCUGCAGCUGCAAGCUACAGAUGCCUGCAGCGCCAAUGCCAGCAUGGUGGCCAUGCAGCGUCGCCAUCAGCCGCUGCCACAAAAGUCAGAGAUUAGCACACGCGCCUCCCAACUCGCCGCUGAUAUCUUAACCGAAUAUCUGCAGCGUAAACCGCAUCGCGCCAACGCUGGACAGUUCGCUAGCUUUCCCACCGUCGAUGUCAAGCGCGUGCUGCAGAUCUAAGCUACGCUUAACUUAGUCAGUUUUACUAGAGCUCAGCCACACCCACACUUUACUACAAGCUGUCACUAACCCCUACUAACAUCCUCCCACUCCCUUCCUUAGCCCUAUCCCUAUAUCGUGGGCAUUGGCCUGCUGCUCCUCGCCGCUGUGCUCUUCGUUGUGCGUUUUCCCGAUGGCGUUCGCUUGGUCUGGAGC